AUGCCGCCCAGCCCCCUUAAGAUGCCAGCCCGUCGCCAGCGGUCUACAGUUGCAUGCCAGGCCUGCCGUCGACGCAAAGAAGACCUCAAGCAGUCGGACAGGUACCUUUCUAUACCGGUGAAUAACGCAAUAAAGAUACCAAACGGAGCAAUACAGAAGCUAACAUUCUAUUCAGGAGAACACACUGGGAUUACGUCCGCCCUGGAUAUCUGCAUGUCCAAUCAGUCAUUGUCAAAACACUUCCUCAUUCCGUCACAUGUAUCGAGAUCCCUGCCUGACGAGGAUCGAAACUAUCUUCGACUCAAGGGCGUAUAUACGUUGCCUGGCAAAGAAACCUGUGAUAGCCUCCUUCGUGCUUACUUUAAUCAUGCUCAUCCAAUUUUGCCUAUCAUAGAGGCCGACGUUGUUUUAACGUAUCACCAAGCUGGUAAACUUCACGAAUAUAAUGUCUUACUUCUAUGGAGUAUGUUUCUUGUUGCAGUAAACGUAAGCCCACCCAAAGAUCUAGUCAAUUUACGUUCAACUAAGCAGACAUUUCAGUUUAUUCCAGCACACAUCUGCGAACAGGAAGGGUAUACAUCCCGGAAGGAGAUGAAAGCUACCAUGUAUUCUCGCGCAAGAUGCAUGUACAGCAUUGGCGGGGAGAGAGAUAAAAUUGUUCUCUUGCAAUCCUCGCUCCUAUUGGGAUGCUGGCACUCGGAUAGGGACGAACAUAUGCAGCCGUGGUAUUGGACGGGUAUUGCUAUUAGUCUUUGCCAGGUGCUCGGUUUACACCGUGACCCAGACUCCUCAAAACGCAAUUCAUCCAUCACUGAUCGACAACGACAUCUAUGGCGUCGUCUGUGGUGGAGCUGUUUCUUUCGAGAUUCUUGGCUUAGCCUAACUCUUGGGAGGCCAUUACGGAUCAACCUCAAAAAUUGUGAUACACCCAUGCCAUCAGCUGAUGAUCUGCUCAGCGACGUCGAUGGCAUACACCAAUCAAUAUCCGCUGCUUACCUGCCGAAGGAUUUAGCGCUUCAAGCAAAGUAUUGGAUUUCACUAAUCGAACUAAGUAAGCUCCUCGGCACCGUUAUCAACAUGAAUUACCAGACACUAGGUUCCAAACCGUCAAUCUGUCAGAUUGAGAGCCUCGAGGCAGAACUUCUGCAAUAUAAGCUGCCAGACCAAUCUAAUCAUGAUCCGACGCCAUCAGCGACCUUUUACUGGCUUCAUCUCCAGUUACAUUACCAGGCCCUUCUAAUAGCAUUUCAUCGUCCCUAUGCAUCAGCAGUCCCUAAUGACCUCGAUAUCUCUCGCCAAGCGGACUGGCAGCAUCAGAUGCGACUUAAAGCCAGCCUCGCAGCAUCGCAGAGCAACGCGGUUCUCGAUGCGCUUGUUCAGGGCAAACUUCUUGCGUUUGCCGGCCCUAUGACUCCUCCACUUUUGGUUCCUGCUAUGCAGACACACUUACUGGAUUGUAAAUCGGAUGACCCUCUCUCUCAGCGCCUCGGGUUUCUCAAACUCGACGUAUGCAUGUUAGUCAUGGAAGAGUUUCAGAGGACAUACACAACGGCUUCUCUAUAUCGUGGAGUUUUCACGAAAGCCAUACAACAAUUGUUUCCCAAUUAUUCACCAAGAACCAACGCAUCUAAUUCUGCGACCGGCGCAACUGCUGGUCCUAUUGCUCCAGAUUUGACAACUGGCAGUACAUAUACGCUCGAUGACCCAGGACUAGAUAUUGCGAUAACUGAUAAUCUUGUUAACGAGCUUAUAGACGAAGCUUCGCUUUUCGAAUUCUUCGAAUCGCUAAAUCAAGUAUGA